AUGAACUCCACAGCUCAACAUGGAUUGAUUGCAGGCUACCCUAACAGGAGCCUCACCUCAGGCACUUCGUCGCUCGACAAAGACUUUUCCGGAGAGGAGAAGGACUCGUCUACAGGAUGCUACGAGCAGCUUCUGAUUUCCACAGAGGUGUUCCUCACUCUGGGUAUCAUCAGCCUGCUGGAGAACAUCCUAGUUGUUGCUGCUAUCAUCAAAAACAAGAACCUUCACUCGCCGAUGUACUUCUUCAUCUGCAGCCUUGCUGUUGCUGAUAUGCUUGUUAGCGUCUCCAAUGCUUCAGAGACGAUCGUGAUAGCGCUGAUUAACGGCGGCAGCCUCACGAUCCCCGUCACGUUGAUUAAAAGCAUGGACAAUGUGUUUGACUCGAUGAUCUGCAGCUCCCUGUUAGCGUCCAUCUGCAGCUUGCUCGCAAUCGCUGUUGACCGUUACAUCACCAUCUUCUACGCACUGCGAUACCACAACAUCGUGACCCUACGGCGCGCGAUGCUGGUCAUCAGCACCAUCUGGACGUGCUGCACCAUCUCUGGCAUCCUGUUCAUCAUCUACUCUGAAAGCACCACUGUUCUUAUCUGCCUCAUUACCAUGUUCUUCACCAUGCUGGUCCUUAUGGCGUCGCUGUACGUGCACAUGUUCCUGCUGGCGCGCCUGCACAUGAAGCGCAUCGCGGCGCUGCCGGGCAACGCACCCAUUCAGCAGAGGGCCAACAUGAAAGGUGCCAUCACCCUCACCAUCCUCCUCGGGGUGUUCGUGGUGUGCUGGGCACCCUUUUUCCUUCACCUCAUCCUCAUGAUCACCUGCCCCAGGAACCCCUACUGCACCUGCUUCAUGUCCCACUUCAACAUGUACCUCAUCCUCAUCAUGUGCAACUCCGUCAUCGACCCCAUCAUCUACGCCUUUCGUAGCCAAGAGAUGAGAAAAACCUUUAAGGAGAUUUUCUGCUGCUCACAUGCUCUGUUGUGUUUAAGUUUCCUGUAA